ACGUCAUUGCCCGCGUAAGCUUUCUUUCUUUCUUCGCGGUUCUUCUUCUUCUUCUGUAAUCAUUUCCAAUUUAUUUAUACUAAUCACAAACAUAAACCAUUUAAUUAGUUAGUAAUUGUUGUAUUGUUCUAUGAACACAAUUCGAUCUCGUUUGUUAACAAAAACAAGAAUGUCGGCGGAAGACACAACUACUGGAAAAAACAACCUUGGCGGUUUCUGGCCAUUUUUCCGACGUUGGAUUCCUACUUCUACUGACCACAUCAUCAAUGCUGAAAAACGUCUUCUUUCUCUUGUCAAGACUCCAUAUGUUCAAGAACAGGUUAAUAUAGGCUCUGGUCCACCUGAUUCAAGAGUGAGGUGGUUUCGUUCAUCUAGCAAUGAACCGCGGUUUAUUAACACAGUUACUUUUGACAGUAAAGAUGAUUCUCCUACAUUGGUAAUGGUUCACGGAUAUGCUGCAUCACAGGGUUUCUUCUUUCGCAAUUUCGAUGCUCUUGCCUCGCGUUUCAGAGUUAUAGCUAUUGAUCAACUUGGUUGGGGUGGAUCUAGCAGGCCAGACUUUACAUGCAAAAGCACUGAAGAAACCGAGGCUUGGUUCAUUGAUUCUUUUGAGGAAUGGAGGAAAGCCAAAAACCUGAGCAAUUUUAUACUUCUAGGGCAUUCUUUUGGUGGUUAUAUUGCUUCCAAAUACGCGCUUAAGCACCCAGAGCACGUACAGCACUUGGUUUUGGUGGGAUCUGCUGGAUUUUCUUCGGAAACAGAGAGGAUUACGAAGUUCUUAUCAACCUGGAAGGGAUCAAUCCUGAACCAAAUAUGGGAAUCCAAUUUGACACCGCAGACAAUUAUCAGAGGUUUAGGUCCUUGGGGUCCUGAUUUAGUCAGCAGGUAUACAAGUGCUAGGUUUGUCAAAUACUCAACUGGGGAACUUUUGACAGAAUCUGAAUCGAAAUUACUAACAGAUUAUGUUUAUCAUACGUUAGCUGCCAAAGCUAGUGGUGAGUUGUGCUUAAAAUAUAUUUUUUCAUUUGGAGCAUUUGCCAAGUCGCCUCUUCUACACAGUGCCUCGGAGUGGAAAGUUCCCACCACUUUCAUAUAUGGUUUCGACGAUUGGAUGAAUUACGAAGGGGCCCAAGAAGCUCGUAAGCAUAUGAAGGUUCCAUGUGAAAUCAUCCGGGUUCCGCAGGGUGGGCAUUUUGUGUUCAUUGAAAACCCAUCUGGCUUUCAUUCAGCUGUGUUUUAUGCUUGUCGAAGGUUUCUUAGUCCUGAUCCCGACAGUGAAUCCCUUCCUGAAGGGCUAACAUCUGCAUAGACCAUGGACUAUAAAUUUCUGUGCUGCUGUCUGUAAAUGUUUGUAUCCCAUUUUUUUCAAAUAAACUCCCAUAAUUUAGUCUAGCCUUGUCCUAGUCUUGCUUAAUGGAAUUUACGGUUGCAAGAGCAAUUCAAAGAAAAAUGAACUGUAAGAUAAAUUUGAUUGGUGAUAUAUAUAUAUGUCCUUUCUCAUUCAUUAAUUUUGUGCUA